CGCGAAGAACGCGAACCUUACGGCGAUUCGUUUCGAUUCGGCUGAGAAAACUUGAGAUUGAUCAGUGGAUUUCGGCGAAUCAAAUCAAUCGUCGUCCACGAUCAACCUUGAUCAUCGCAUGGAGAUGAAGCGGAAGGAGCAGGACGGCGCCGACGUUGACGAGCGGUGGGAGGCGUUCCUGGAGGCGCAGCAGACGGGGCGGUUCGCGCAGUUCUACCGGUGCCGGCCCAUGUCGCUGCUGGACAAGAAGAACGCCGAGGACUACGACCAGGGCAACAAGGUCAUCAUGCCGCAGUCGGCCCUCGAGAGGCUCAGCUCCAUCAACGUGCAGUUCCCGAUGGUGUUCUCGAUCGAGAACGAGGGCGGCGGGGAGCGGGGGAGGUCGCACUGCGGCGUGCACGAGUUCGUGGCGGAGGAAGGGUUCGUGCACCUGCCGACGCAGAUGAUGGAGCAGCUGGGCGUGGCGGCCGGAGAAGGCGGGCUUGUGAUGAUGCGCAACGCCGAGCUCCCCAAGGCCACCUUCCUGAAGCUCCAGCCCCACUCCUCCGCCUUCCUCAACAUCCGCGACCUCAAAGACCUGAUGAGCUACAACUUCGGGAGGUACGCGUGCGUGACGGAGGGGGACACGAUCGCCGUCAGGGAGAAGCUCCACGGCCUCGGCGGCCGCGGCGGCGGAGAGGCGGUGUACCGGUUCGACGUGAUCGAGGCGCGGCCGGGGGGCGCCGUGUCGACGGUGGAGACGGACUGCGAGGUCGACUUCGCCGUGCCGCUCGACUACAAGGAGCCGGUGCUCGCGACGCCGGUGCCUGUGCCGGCUGCGGAGGCGGCGGAGGGGCCGCGGCGGUUCGCGGGCGUCGGGUUCCGGAUGGACGGCAAGCCGGUGGAGCAGGAGCGGGCGCCGGCGGCUCCGGCGAAGGGUGAUCAGGGGAAGCGGGUGCUUCAGUUCGGAGGCGCGUCGGCCGCCGCCGCUGGUGGUGCUGCUGCAGGAGGGAAGAAGGUGGGCGGCGGCGAGGAGGAGGAGAAGAAGCCUGCUGCUGCCCGGUUUACCGGCAAGAUGUACUCUCUGCAGAGCCAAAGCAAAGACUGAACUACGUGCAGAGAUUAGAUAGAUAGCCAUGAACCGAUCGAGGUUCGGUUUUCUGGGUGAAAUUUGCAGUGUAGCUAG